UUGUCCCUACUCUGCGAGCUGAGUCCCAGAGGCGGCGGUGGUCUGGAGGUUCCUUACUGAGGGGUUGGUUACCUGCCUCACGUCCGCGGGCCUUAGAGAGGCCUUAACCAGACCCCGCAGCGGGCGGCGGCCGGCCUAGGUAGCGUCGGCCCUGCCCCUCGGCGACGCUGUGGAAAAGCGGGCGCGCUUUGUGAGUCAGAGGUGGCGGCGGGAACUGCUCGGACUCCGGAACGUCCCUCCCUGCCUCCCCGGUGACUGACGAAAAGCUCCCCUGGAAUAGUGAUUUCACCGAGUGACCGUGAGCUCUGGGCGACGCGUAGCUUGUAGUUCUGGCUGCACUCGGCUAUUCAGGAACUUUGUGAGAAUUUCAGUAUAUGGAAACACUGUCUGUGUUCCAACUGGUGUAUAUUCCAAAGGUCUCAGUGUAAAUGCAGGACCAGAAUAUUGCAUGUCAGUCAGUCAGCCAGCCUUACUCUUAAUGACUCCUGAACUCUCAUGGACUUCUAAAGAAGCACCAUGGCUGUCGUGAUUCCUGCGUUGCUGCGAGGCUUUGUGGGGGCCAUCUGCGCUCAGGCUGCUUCGAGUAGACUGACACCCAGCGCUUUGCGCCACCUUACUCUAAGCAGCGUAAUGAAAUCCAAAAGGAAAACUGAUCACUUGGAGAGAACUGCAGAUGUCGUUCGCCGGGAGGUGGUGUCAGCAGCUAAGGUGUGUGGAGCAGCUGAUGAGUCCCCAUCUGUGAAGAGGCUCCGCCUGCUUGUAGCUGAUAAAGACUUUUCUUUUAAAGCCGGCCAGUGGGUUGACUUCUUUAUCCCAGGAGUCUCUGUGGUUGGUGGGUUCUCAAUAUGCUCCAGCCCCAGACUGCUAGAACAAGAGAGAAUGAUAGAAUUGGCAGUGAAAUACACAAACCACCCUCCUGCUCUCUGGAUUCACAAUCAGUGUACACUGGACUCGGAAGUGGCCAUGAGAGUGGGUGGAGAGUUCUUCUUUGACCCUCAGCCUGCAGAUGCCUCUAGAAACCUUGUGUUGAUUGCGGGAGGAGUUGGAAUUAACCCUCUGCUUUCCAUCCUGCGGCAUGCAGCAGACCUCCACAGAGAACGGGCGAACAAGGGACGUGGGUAUGAGAUUGGAACAAUCAGACUGUUCUACAGCGCAAAAGACACCAGUGAGCUCCUGUUCAAGAAAAAUAUCCUUGAUUUAGUAAAUGAAUUUCCUGAGAAGAUUGCAUGCAGUUUGCAUGUUACAAAACAGACUACACAAAUCAGUGCAGACCUCAAGCCGUACAUCACGGAAGGAAGAAUAACGGAGAAGGAGAUAAGAUACCAUAUUUCAAGAGAGACCUUGUUCUACAUUUGUGGCCCACCUCCCAUGACAGACUUUUUCUCCAAGGAACUGGAGAGCAGCCACGUUCCCAAAGAGCACAUCUACUUUGAGAAGUGGUGGUAGGGGGCAGGCGCAGGUGCAGAAGGGUGGGAUGGAGGUCCACGAGGACAGGGACAGACAGUACACUCUGUGAUUCGUGGUGGAUGAAUUUACCUCUACCCAGUCUUAGUUUUUAAGGCUGUGAACUCAGUGACCGGUUGGAGAAACAAGAAAAACCAGCUGACAGACUUAAAUUAUAAACUUGUUGCAAAAACUUCAUUGAUUAAACUGAUUUUCACUA